ACCUGGCGAAUGCAACUUGUUUCAAGAGUUGGUCUGAGCAACCCGAAGUGGCAUUCAUCCUUCGAGUUACAAUUUACAUACUUACAAGAGAUAAAAUCAAAUCAAAUCAAAUUUGACUUGUCCUGUAAACCCUCCUUUCGUUUUCUUUUCUCCGAUCUUGUUGAAGACACCUCAAAUUCGUAUUCUAGGUGAGACGACGAUGAGUUCGAAAAAGGUGGAAGGGUCGUCUUCUCCGACGACUCGACGACGUGACCCCUACGAGGUUCUCUCUGUUCAAGAAAUCAAAUCCUCUUACAGAAAACUCGCUCUAAAGUAUCAUCCAGACAAGAACGCCAACAACCCUGACGCUUCCGAGCUUUUCAAAGAAGUCGCGUACUCCUACAGCAUCUUGUCUGAUCCCGAGAAGAGAAGGCAAUACGACAAUGCAGGCUUCGAGGCGCUUGACGCCGAUGGAAUGGAGAUGGAGAUUGACUUGUCUAACCUUGGAACCGUUAACACAAUGUUUGCAGCUUUGUUCAGCAAACUAGGCGUGCCUAUCAAGACUAGUGUAUCCGCCAGUGUUCUCGAAGUGGCUUUGAACGGUACUGUUACUGUUAGGCCCCUUCCUAUUGGAACAUCAGUUACCGGCAAGGUUGAGAAGCAAUGCGCUCAGUUUUUUGGUGUUACGAUAAGUGAACAACAAGCUGAGUCAGGUGUGGUUGUUAGAGUUACAUCAUCAGCACAAAGUAAAUUUAAGUUACUUUACUUUGAGCAAGAUUCAAGUGGCGGCUAUGGAUUGGCCUUACAGGAAGAGAGUGAGAAAACAGGAAAGGUGACGUCAGCUGGCAUGUAUUUUUUACAUUUUCAAGUGUACAGAAUGGAUUCUACUGUCAAUGGGUUAGCUAUAGCCAAAGACCCUGAAUCUGCUUUCUUUAAGCGAUUGGAAGGUCUUCAACCUUGUGAGGUUUCACAACUGAGAGCUGGCACUCAUAUCUUUGCAGUUUAUGGUAAUGAUAAUUCUCUUUUUACUGCUGACAGCUGGACCGUCUAGUUUAUAUUCUUUUUUUGCAAGGCUUUGGCGCGUUUUCAAGAAGUAACCAACAGAUAUACACAGGAGAAGCAAACGGUGGAUGAACUGCUAAAGCAACGGGAUUCAAUCCAUUCCUCUUUCUCUGUGGUGAAGACACCAAGCAGUAGCAACUUGAGCAAUGGAAGUAGCAGCAAGGGUCAGGGAGAAGAGUCUAAAGGCGAUGGGGAUGGUGUGGGUGAAGAAGGGGGAUCAGGGAGUAGAGACAAGUCGAAGAGGAAAUGGUUCAACUUGAACCUAAAAGGAUCUGAUAAGAAGCUUGGUUGAUCUCCACUUAAAAGGCAGUUUUGUUGUGUGUUUAUUGGUUUAUUCAUUGAACAGAUGUGUCACUUGGGAGGUUUGCUCUAUGUGUAGGCAUAUAUACGUAUAUAUGUUCAUCGGAAUGGUUUUAUAGA